AUGAAACCUCAGAGAACGUAUUCAAAAGGAGCCAGAGCAUUAGUCACAAACAGCAAUAUGAUGAAUAUUGAUCACUCAACAAAAAAUUGUGGUUGCAAACAGACGGUUGAUCGAUCUCCCAAAAAAAGAGACAGCUUCAAAGUCAAAAAGACUAGGAAAUUUGAGAUUAACGAUUCACACACUCCUAGCGAAAAGGCUACAGGACUCGUGUUCUAUCAUAAUUCAGGUAGCCCAAAAAACAUGGAUAACAGGAAUCAACAUGCCACUAACUCAUUUUUAAACAAAUCUUACAUACCACCGGACAAUUCACAGGCGCACUACACCUUGAUGAGCCAUUCAAAUAGCAAUAACCAGAUAAACAACGUUUCUCUCUAUGCCAACCCCAACAUCUCAACUUUGGUAGGUCAUGAUUUAGUGGAGCAGGAUGUGAACAAUAUAUUUGAUGACUUGGAGCAAUUUAGUUUUCAAACUUUCCCAUCAUAUUUCAAUCCCAGAACUGCAACCAAUAUGCAUCACCAGGAAAAGGUCAGUAAAUGGUUGGAAAAAGUUCCCGUUUUCAAUGUCACAGAUGAGCUCUGGGAAAGUGAAUGUUUCGAUACUGACGAUGACCUUGAUUGGGAAGAACAAGAAUUCGAUUAUGCCAUCGCAGGUAAGAGUAGUCAGCAGAUCAUUUCCAUGAGUACCGUAGACGAAAUAAUAUAUCUACAAUCAAAAAGAGUAGAUACUUUGGUGAGAAAAUUAUACGAAAUUACGCCAGAGAAGCCAUUAGAUAGUACCAAAUAA